AUGCGUGCCUGGGUACGCCGCCGGCGCGGCCCAGCUUCUAGCGCGCUCGAGUUAGUCACCGACUAUCCAACACCCGACGUGCCGACAGGCUCAUCGCCCGACAUCCUAAUCCGCGUAUCAAAUGUGUCACUACAGUUCAGCACUGAGUUGAUGAUGAAGUCACUACCUAACCUGCCCUUCACCGGCCCGUGGGUCCCGGAAAUCGAGCUUUCCGGCGUGGUAGUAGCGGCUGGCGAGGGUGCACCGGUAGGAGUACGUGAGCCGGACACACAUGUCAUUGCCUUCCAGAGCAUUCCUCGCACCGUGGUUAUGGGCCAAGGUGUGCUGGCAGAAUAUGUACGACUGCCCGGCUCCCAAGUCGCACGCAUCGAUAAAAGUGUUGAUAUGGCAUCGGCAUCAGGUAUCAUCGGGUCCGGUAGCACCGCGCUCAAAAUGAUUCGCACAGCAGGUGUGCGUGAGGGUCUCACGGUGCUGGUAAACGGGGCUAGCGGGUCGGUCGGCUCAGUGCUCGUGCAGCUAUGCAAGCUGCGUGGUGCCAAGGUGGUCGGGGUGGCUAGCGGAGGCAACGAGCAUAUGGUCCGUGAUCUGGGCGUAGAUGAGUUCAUCGACUACCGCGAACAUGAGUCGCUGCCGGCUUACCUGGCGCAUCAGUAUGGCGGGAAGCCGUUUGACUUUGUGCUCGACUGUGUCGGCACGCAGGCACUUUUCGCCAAUUCCCCAGCUUAUCUGAAGCCAGAGGGAGCCGUUAUCAAUAUCGGUAUGCUUGAGGGUCCAUAUCUAACGGUGCGCAAUGUGCUGCUAAAUACCUUCCUGCCCACCUGGCUGGGAGGCGUGCCACGUCGCUAUAUAAUGUUCAGCACGCCACCGUCGUGUGACGACUCAAUCUAUAUAGCGCGACUAGUUGAGGAGGGUCGCUUGCGUGUCCCUGUUGACUCUGUGUUUGAGAUGAAGGAUGCCAUACGCGCCUAUGAGCGCAUCUCCACAAAGCGGGCGCGUGGUAAGGUCGUGAUCAAAGUACGUGACGACUAG